AUUAGCCAAAAAUGUUAAAAGUUUACAAGAGACAAAAAAGCAGAAGAGAAAGAGGUUGGUGAUAGAAGCCAAAAAUCAACUCUCCUUUUCUUUCUUCCUAAAAGCAGGAGAGACAGUUUCUUGAGGUUGUUGCAAGUGAAGAGAUGUUCAGAUCCAAGUCAUGCAGAGAAGAGAUCACAGGAAGAAGAAGCAGCAUCACCAACAAGUACCAUUGCUUAACUAGUAAUGGAGAAGCAGCACCAAGCCCAACAAACCAGCUGCCACCAGUGAUGAUGAGAUCUUACAGCGCAUCAACUUAUAGUCCAUACAAGAAUCCAACGACGGUGAGAGACAGAGACAGUCCCAACAGUAAAUCGAAGAGAAGAGCUAGUAAGGCGAAGAAAGGGUACAAGGGUUUGUGUGAGGCAGAGAUUCAGAGGAAAAAGAGAGUGGCUGGUUAUAAUGUGUAUGGUGUUGAAGGGAAGGUGAAGGGGUCUAUGAAAAAGAGCUUCAAAUGGUUCAAGGAGACUUGUUCAAAUGCUGUCUAUGGUUUGUGGUGAUAAGGUAAAAGAUAUGCAGCACAAGGAAAAGAGUAGUAAUCACGUACGAUAUCUGAUUUCAGAAACUUAUCUUAAUCACGCAAUAAUCAUGUUUAAAAUAAGAGCGAGAGACACAAGGCAAGCAAGUGGUAGGUUCAUUGUUUAAUAAAUCUCUGUGUUGUCUUUUUCUUUUCAUCAGGUCUUUACCUCUUUCAUGAUUCAACUACAAAAUCUUCUCAACUACUCUUCUAUUGUCUCUUUCUGCUCGUUUAUCAGCCAAAUAUUGAUGUUAGUAACUGGAUAUUAUGGUUGUUUGUAACAAUAAAAUAUUUAGGCUGAAUCAUAUAAGCCAUGAUAAAUUGAUAGUUAC